UUUCUUCCGGGUGGGUCCUCCUGGCUUUCGCGAUGGGGAUUGCCUGGCUACACGAUGGGCUCAUCCAAGCAGAGGGCGAGCGCCUGGAGAGGGUCUCUCCUCCGUUUCCAAGAAUCUAUCUAGCUACUCUGUUGGCUUUAGUUAUAUCACUUGAUGCCCGUGGGACAAAUGCAGCUCUGGACAUGAAACCUAAUAUUGUUCUGAUGUUGGCCGAUGACCUCGGGAUUGGAGAUCUAGGCUGCUAUGGCAACGACACUAUCAACACCCCUAAUAUUGACCGGCUGGCAAAGGAAGGAGUGAAACUUACUCAGCACAUUGCUGCAGCUUCGCUUUGUACCCCAAGCAGAGCAGCUUUUCUGACUGGCAGAUACCCCAUCAGAUCAGGCAUGGCUUCAGGUGGUUCCUAUCGGGCUCUGCAGUGGAACGCUGGCUCAGGAGGACUUCCUGCCAAUGAAACCACUUUUGCCAAGGUAUUGCAGCAGCAGGGUUAUGCCACGGGACUUGUAGGGAAGUGGCAUCAAGGGGUAAACUGUGACUCUGCCCAUGAUCACUGCCACCAUCCUUUGAGUCACGGCUUUGAUUACUUUUAUGGCAUGCCUUUCACUCUUCUCAACAACUGCCAGGACCACAAGCCUCCAGAGUUGGAUGCAGCAUUGCAGGCUAAGCUGUGGUUUUACACCCAACUUAUUGCCCUUGCAGUUCUCACAGCUCUUGUAGGAAAGACAACAGGAUUGGUCUCUGUUACUUGGAAUGUGGUCACCUUUUUUGCUUUACUUGGGUUCCUGUUUUUUGCUUCCUGGUACUCCAGUUAUGGCUUUGUGAAAUACUGGAAUUGCAUCUUGAUGCGCAACCACAACAUCACUGAACAACCAAUGAAGCUGGAAAGAACGGCUUCUCUCGUCCUAAAGGAAGCAGUUUCGUUUAUUCAGAGCAACAAGCAUGGGCCAUUCCUCCUCUUUGUUUCUUUUUUGCACGUCCACACGCCCCUGUUUACAACAGAAGCUUUUCUUGGGAAAAGCAGGCAUGGGAUAUAUGGAGACAAUGUAGAAGAAAUGGACUGGUUAGUAGGUCAAAUUCUAGACACUAUUGACAAGGAAGGCUUGAGAAACAACACACUGACCUAUUUUGCCUCAGACCACGGAGGGCAGCUGGAAGCUCAGGAAGGAACAAUACAGCUGGGUGGCUGGAAUGGCAUAUAUAAAGGGGGCAAAGGCAUGGGAGGUUGGGAAGGAGGCAUUCGUGUGCCAGGCAUCUUAAGGUGGCCUGGAAUGCUCCCUGCCAACACUGUUGUUGACGAACCAACAAGCCUUAUGGAUAUUUACCCUACGGUGGCUCAUGCGGCUGGAGGGACUGUACCACAGGACAGAAUAAUUGACGGAAGGAAUCUAUUGCCUUUACUACAACAAGAAGUCAAGCAUUCAGGACAUGAAUUCAUGUUUCAUUACUGUGGAUCAUACUUACAUGCAGUACGGUGGCAUCAGAAAGACAGUGGUGCAUUAUGGAAGGCUCAUUACAUGACUCCAAUAUUUCACCCCAAAGGCGCAGGAGCCUGUUAUGGAAAAGGAAUUUGCCCAUGUUCUGGAGAAGGAGUAACGCAUCAUGAUCCUCCUCUGCUGUUUGAUCUCUCGAGAGACCCAUCAGAGGCCGUGCCUCUUUCCCCUGACACGGAGCCCUUGUUCCACACAGUCCUAAAGCACAUAGGCAGAGCUGUGGAGGAGCAUCGCAAGACCCUCACACCUGUCCCACAGCAGCUCUCUCUUGGAAACAUUAUGUGGAAACCAUGGCUGCAGCCAUGCUGUGGGACCUUCCCAUUCUGCUGGUGUGACAAGGAAGAAAGCAGCGCCCAUUCAUAUAAAGCCAGCUGACCAAAGAAUCCUUUUGUCGCAGAGAACAUCAUCCAAGAGGUUUCCUGUGUGAUUUUAGCUGCUUCCUGUCAGUUAAGGUUGCUUUCUCCUGUUUCUCAAAGAGUCCCCAGGCUUGAAGGAAGAUGUAGCCAGAUCAUUUCCUGCCUGUCAGGCUUGGGGAAUCAGGUCCCUCCCCCGGUGGCAGCAAAGAAGCAGAU